AUGGGCAACUCAAUAUCGAGGGUAAUGGUCAAGAUGUUCGGAUAUCGAGAAAUGAAGAUCUUGAUGCUCGGACUGGACAAUGCUGGCAAAACUACGAUUCUUUACAAGCUCAAGCUCAACAAGAUAAAAACAUCAGCCCCUACAGUAGGCUUCAAUGUAGAAACAGUCUCUUUCAGGAACGUCAAGUUUAACAUGUGGGACGUGGGAGGACAGGACCGACUCAGACCUUUAUGGAGGCACUACUUUCCAGCUACGACUGCACUUAUCUUCGUGAUAGACUCACAGGACAUGAAGAGACUCAAUGAGGCCAAGGAAGAACUCUACAGUAUUAUAGGUGACAAAGAGAUGGAGGAAGUAGUGUUGCUGGUUCUGGCCAACAAGCAGGAUUUGAAAGGCUCCAUGAACCCACAAGAAAUCUCCGACUACCUUGAGCUGAAGUCGCAUCUCGACAGCCAACUGUGGUGUGUCAUUGGAAGUAAUGCCCUAACGGGCCAGGGUCUAGUCGAGGGCUUAUCGUGGAUCACCAACAAUACCAAGACAAAGGACAAAAAAUAG